AGUUUCACCAUGGAAAUCCCUUGUGGUCUUCUCACCUGCUCCAAGAAGCCAGUGCCUCUUAAGAGCAUCUCAGUGGCUGUGUCUAUCCAUGAGUUUGUGGCAGAUGUGUCUGCAACCCUGGACUACAAGAAUGAGGAAACUGAUCCUGUGGAAGCAUUCUUUGUGUUCUCCAUGGAUGAAGACUCUGCUGUUUAUAGCUUCCAAGCCCUGGUGGAUGGGAAGAGGAUAGUAGCAGAAACACAAGAGAAGCAGCAGGCCCAGAAAGAUUAUGAGAAUGCCAUCUCCCAAGGCCAGCAAGCCUUCCUUCUGGAGCAGGAUAGCAGUUCUGGUGACAUCUUCAGCUGCAGUGUAGGAAAUUUACCAGCUGGCCAGAAGGCUGCUGUCACUCUGAGCUAUGUUCAGGAACUGUCCCUUGAGGCAGAUGGGGCUGUUCGUUUUGUCCUUCCAGCCAUCUUGAAUCCACGCUAUCCCCUCCAAGGGUCAGCUGUGGCAUGCAACAUCACCUCUGAAAUCCCCCGGGUUGCUGGCAAGGAGCUGCCCUAUACAUUUAGUGUCACUGCCAAUGUCUGCUCUGCCCAUGGCAUUGAGAAGGUCCAUUCCAACUGUCCUUUGAGUCCCCUGCAGUACUUAGAAGAUGACAAGUCAGUUGCCCAGGUUUCCUUGGCUGAAGGGCAUCAUUUUGAUCGGGAUGUUGAGAUUCUGGUUUACUACAGGGAGGUGAACACACUCAGUGUCUCUGUGGAGUUGGCCCAGGCUGAUGCCAAACCAGGUUCCCUGAUGGGAGAUCCAGCUAUGAUGGUGAGUUUCUACCCUAGCAUCCCUGAGUCUCAAGGAGCAAUCACUGGAGAAUUUAUCUUCCUCAUGGACUGCUCAGUAAGCAUGUCCUCCUCAAUGCAUAGCUACGAAGGUGGCCAGUUGCACAAAGAGAGUGCCAAGGAAACUCUGGUUCUGCUGCUGAAGAGUUUACCUCUUGGCUGUUUUUUCAAUAUUUAUGGAUUUGGAUCCUUCUUUGAGUCAUUCUUUCCAUGAAGUGUGGUGUACACACAGCAGUCCAUGGAGAAUGUGGUACUGAGAGUAAAGGAUCUACAUGCUGAUUUGGGAGGGACUGAAAUCUUAGCGCCACUGAAGAACAUUUAUAGCAAAUCCUGCAAGCCAGGCUACCCUCUGCAACUCUUUGUCUUCACAGAUGGAGAAGUUUCUAAUACCCAGCAGGUCAUUGCUGAAGUUCAACGCCACAACAAGGAUCACAGGUGUUUCUCCUUUGGAAUUGGAGAAGGGGCUUCCACCAGCCUUAUUAAAGGUAUUGCUCGGGCAGCUGGGGGCACUGCAGAAUUCAUCACGGGCAAGGACAGAAUGCAGCCCAAGGCCCUCAGGUCCCUAAAGCGAGCCCUGCAGCCGGUGGUACAGGACAUCUCCCUGACCUGGACUCUGCCCCCUGGGCUGGAGGCUACCUUGCUCUCUCCAGCUCCUACUCUCAUCUUCCAGGGUCAGAGGUUAAUCAUCUAUGCCCAAUUGAAAGGCACAAAUACAUCCAAAGAGGCAGCAGGUGAGGUCUGCCUUCAAUACACCCUCCAAGGUGCUGGCUUCCAGAACACAGUGCCAUUCUGCCUGGAUCCCAAAGCAGAUGACAAACUUAUCAUUCACUGCCUAGCUGCCAAGUCUCUGAUCCAGACCCUUGAUGGAAACUUAGAGGAUGGUGCAGAAAAGAAGAAAAAAGUGGUGGAUAUCAGCCUUCAGUCGAGUGUUGUCUCUUCUCACACUGCCUACAUUGCUAUCAAUAAGGAGCUCAACCAGUCCAUUCAGGGCCCCCUCACCAGGAGGGAUAUUCCAUUGUCUUUUGCUAGAAUGUACUCUGGGUUUGUCUUGGUGGCAUCCUUUACCCCCAUAGAAUCAGCAGUUUUCAGUUUACUAUUUAUUCCCUUAAACAUAUGCCCUCCAGAUUCUCUACUUCUGCAGCUGAUUUCCCUCCAGAAGGCAGAAGGUUUCUGGGAACUGGAUGAAGCUUUGGCCUCAGUCCUGGGUGCGAGUGUUCAGAAUGCAUUGGCUGCAUUGCCUGACCAGACUAAAGAUGACUCAUACUGGGCUACUAUCUUGGCUGUGCUGUGGAUGCACAACUCCAGUUGGGACCAGAGAGAAGAAUGGGAACUACUGGAAAGGAAGGCUGUGGCAUGGAUCCAGUCUCAAUCUGAUUCUUCCCUAGGUGAAUGUAUCAAAGUAGCCAAUGCACUCCUGAAAUCAUCUGUGGAUCCUGCUGUCUCUGGCCUGUGAGAGUAGAAAUGAAAGUGUUUAUCUUUGG